UUCGUAGGUGUCGCUCUCAUCUGUAAAGGGUGAUUGUGUUGAUGUUGCCGCACGCUUUUUUGUUUUUCUCAAUAACAUACCAAUGUUUUACGCCCCGCCAGAAGUCCAAUAGUUAUCUAAAAUUAUCGGAAAAAGAGUUUUUGGAAUUCAUAUCCACAUUUGUGGCUCACGAGAUUUUCGUUUAAAAUGGGGAAAAAGACGAAAAAACCUGGAAUCUCCGACGCUGUGUACUCCAAGAAAGCAAAUACAGCUACUAAGAGAGCCAAUCCUUUUGAGAAGCACGUGAAUAAGACGAAAUUCGCAGUGUUGAAUCGAAAAACAGACCACGAUCGUGGGAUUCCGGGAGUGGCCAGGCAGAGGGCAUUCGACAAGCGAAAAGCGACUCUUGGAGUGGAGUUGCUGAAGCACAACAAAGCUAACAGUUUCCGGGAUAGGCGAAUUGGUGGAGCUCAAGGUGGAGAUGAAGCCAUGAGGGCGCGUUUCAUGACGGAGAUGAAGAAUAUCUACAGCCAAAAGAGUGGCCAGUCGAAGAGGAAGCGCUUGUUUAAUCUGAAUGAAGACACUCUCACGCACAAAGGGCAGACGAUAGAGAGCAUAGAAAAGUGCGAUGACCCGCCGUCUGAGAGGGAUGACGAUGAUUCGGAAGAAGAAGGGAUGAAAUUAGAUGCAAAAUACACUGAAGCUGCUCACUUUGGCGGAGGAUCAGCAGAAGGCAGUGGAAAAUUGUCCGGAAAGGAAGCUCUGGAGGAGAUGAUUGCGGAGACAAAGAGGAGAAAGGCGGAGAUUGCGAGGGAAAAGGAUGCUGUUCAAACGAUGACCGAGAAACUGGAUGAGGAUUGGAAGAGUCUUAUUCCUCUAAUGGGAAAGCUCACUCGUGGCGAUCAGGAUGAGAAAAUCAAGCCCGAUGCUUAUGACAGAACGAUGAGAGAGAUGAUCUUUGAGGCUCGGGGUGAGCCUACUGAUAAGCUCAAGUCUCUGGAGGCGAUUGAGAAGGAGCAGCGCGAGAAGAGGGAAAAACUGGAGAGAGCUCGUCUGGCGAGAAUGCAGGGAACUGUUAAGAAGGACAGAAUUCCGCAGCAUCGCUCUGUGGAUGAUCUCGAUGACGGCUAUACGACGAUUAAAGCUCACGACGAGGCAAUCGAGGAGGAGAAGAUCGCAGAAAAUACGCAGGAAAAUGAGCAAGAAGAAUCUUCCAGUGAUGACGAAAGUGAGGAAGAUAUUGAGAAGAUCCUCCCGCAGCCCAACCAGGAGUUCUCCUUCGACUUUCCACAAUCUUACGAAGACUUCCUUGAGAUCCUCAAUGGGGAUGAUGAGGGAAAGCGUCUGGACGCUUUGGUAGCCAACCAUCAUCCUCGAUUGCAGCCUGAUAACAAGGAGAAGAUUCCUGUUCUUUUUUCAUAUCUUCUGCAACGCCUCAAUGACUCCUUCGCGGACGUCUCCAAGGAGAAUGCGAAGGAAUCAUGGAAGAUUUGUGCUCAGAUCACUCCUCAUCUCUACGAUUUGCUGCAUUUGAGCCAGGUGGAGUGUGUGGAGCUCUUCCAGGCCGUGCUGAAGGAGAAGCAAGAAGAGUUCAGAUCGAGGAGGAAUGUUUUUCCCGGACUGGACACAAUUAUCUUCCUCAAACUCGUGCCCGUUCUCUUCUCCACGUCGGACUUUCGACACAGUGUCGCCACUCCAGCGCUGAUCUUCAUCAGUCAGAUCCUGACUCACUGCGAAUUCCAGCGCAGAACGGAUUUUGCCAGAGGACUUCUGUUGGUGUGCACUGUUCUGGAAUUCACUCAUCUGUCCAAGAGGUUUCUUCCUGCUGCUGUGAUUUGCUUGACGCAGACUCUGACACUCUGUGCGCCCCGAAGGUCUGUUGAGGUGGUCAAAUUGAUUCCUCCAUUCACAACAGACAUGAGAAUAUCAUUGGUUCUGGCUGAAGGUGCCACUGGGGUGCCGGAGGAGGAGCUAAAGAUGACUUCAGCGGACUUGAUUGACACUAAAGUGACUCAGAGCUUUAGAGUGCGACUUCUACACUGUGCUCUUGGCCUGUGUGAGCAAUCACUGGAGCAGAUGCUGGCGAGUCCAGGAGGGAAGUACAUUGCGGAGGACAUUGAGGCGCAACUGGAGAGGAUUCCGCUGGAGAAGUAUCCUGAAAGGACGAGAAAUUUGGCGGAAAAUGUGCGGAGACUUAUUCAAAAUAUCUCUGAACGACCUCUGAACUUCCUGCAGCCGCCAAAGAAGGCUGCAAAGGUGCCUCAACUGCGUCAGAUCGAUCCCAAGAUCCAGGAUGCUGUGUACACGGACAGGAGAAGGAGUCAGGUGCAGGAUCCCAAGGCGGAGUACGACAAACUGAGGCACAAAGUGAAGAGGGAGACGAAGAGCGCCCUGCGGGAGAUUCGUCGCGAUGCUGAAUUCGUCGGGAAGAUGCGCAUCAAGAAGCAGAUGAAGCUGGACCGCGAGAGGCGGGAGAUGGUGAAGAGGAUUUUCGCCGAGGCGUCCGAUCAGCAGGCUGAGCUCAAUGCCAUGGACAGGCAGAAUAAGCGACGAAAGAGAUAAGGCCACCCUCUCUGCGAAGUUGCUUUAUUUCCACGAUUAUGAAUCAUUUUUCGCAAAUAAAAAGAGAUUGACAGAAAAUCGUCUAAUCGGUCUAAUCCUAAUAGUUGAUAAUGAAAAAAGAGUAAAAUGUGCAAGAUUACUCGAAAUAAUGUAAUUAAGGAGAUUUUAAAGUAAAAUAUUUG